CCGUGUAUGUUGACUCCUGGUCUUCUGUCUCUCUAUUUCUUGCUGCCUGAUGCGAGUAUCUUCAUAUAACUGGUCUUUCUUUGGACGGAAGGAGAAGGAAAGGAUUGAAGAAUGGAUCGCGAAGCUAUUCUGACGGUCUUGUUGACAAAAUCAUUCGGCUUGCUUGGCUGGCCGCCAAUGAGUUUGCUUUGUUCCCUGUUUGUGUCUAUUCGGGCCAUGGAGAGUGGUUCCCACCCCAGCAAUCGUCGGUGCCUUACCUUUUGGGUUAUAUUUUCUUUAUUUAAGAUCAUGGAAAAGGAACUUGCAGGGCUGCUUGACUGGCUCCCGUGGUGGCCUCACAUGAAAGGGAUGGCAACAAUCUUGCUGGUAUUCCCUUAUUUUAGGGGUGCUACAUAUCUUUAUAAGUAUUUCCGUAAGCAAUACUGUGGUGACAACAUAUGGAAGAGGUCGUGGAAUAUCUUCAGUCAAAGGAGCAAAAGCUUCAAAUUGGAUAAGCACAGCAAAACUGUUGAUGUUUCUAGCAGCCAAAUUAUUAAAAGUCAAAUGCAAGAGAAGAUAUCUGUAAUAAAUCAGGGGAGUUGUGAUCUUGAUUGUGACUCAACAGAAAGAAAUUACAAUAGAUCAACUUGCAAGAAAAAAGCCCAGAAAGAAUGGAGCUGUGCUUUGUGUCAGAUCAGUACUUCCAGUGAAAAUUACCUGGUGGCACAUCUUCAGGGAAAGAAACACAAAGCUAAGGAAAAUAGUUUGAGCUUAGAGUUAUGUGUAACCGCGAGCACAUACAUGUUACCGUCCAUGGCUUCUCACAAGAGAACCAAAGGAAUGGUCCUACUAAAGAACCUUAACCAAAUUGCAAAUUUUCUGAGUCCAGUCUCCAGAACCAUUAGGUGGUGUGGGUGGAUAAAGCCAGAGUUUGGAUGGAUAAAAUUGAAUACUGAUGGUUCUAUACAUAAAGAAAAUGCUAGUUUUGGCGGACUGCUACGUGAUUACAAGGGCGAACCAUUAUGCGCUUUUGUCUCUAAAGUGCCACAAGGAGAUAUUUUCCUUGUUGAGUUGUGGGCUAUAUGGAGAGGUCUUGUUCUUGCUUGGGGCCAGGGGAUUAAAAUAAUAUGGGUGGAAUCUGAUUCACUGAGUGUUGUGAAAACCAUCAAUAAAGAGCAACCUUCAGGUGUUAAAGCUGGCAGAUGUUUGAGAUGCAUAUGGAAACUUCUGAGUAUGUUUGACAAGUAUCAGGUCUCUCACACAUGGCGUGAAACAAAUAGAGCGGCAGAUCAUCUUGCAAAGAUGGUUCUCCAUGGAGAUGACGUGGUUCUGUGGCCAGAAGAUUUUCCAGAUAGCCUUUGCAUUAUUAUCGAAAAUGAUGCCAAAGGAAAGAAAUAUCCUAGAUGGUGAUUUGUAUCAACGCUACCUGGAAGAGGUUGGUGGGAGAGUUAACAAGUUUCAUAGCUGUAAAGGAAUGCUUGUGUUUAUCUGCCAUUUGGAGAUGAGCAGUACGACUGCUCUUAGUUUAUAAGCAACACUCAGCCUUUUCCAAUAGCAAAGCCAACUUAGGUCUUAUUUGUAUUUUGUAAUUGAAGGCAAUGGGCUGUAUUUGCAUUCUCAUUCAUAUCAUAUGAAUUCAUGCCCUAUAUCUUAUAUGGUAUAUCUAAUUUGGAGAUAUUAACCUUUCAAGCGUCGGCUGUAGUAAUA